AUGGAGCAAAAUAACAGUUUAUCUCAAUUCUUAAAAGUAGAUCAAACAACUUUACCUAAAACUGUAAUUGAUAACAAAUGUAAUUAGAAUAUUUUCAAUUUGAUUCCUGAGCCCAGCAGUUUAUUUUAGGUGAAUUAAAUACAAAGUCAAUAAAAUCAGAAUAGUUAGCCUAUUCCUUCAUUGGAUUAAUUUUAUAACAAACAGCUACAAUAAGCUAUACAAUUUUAGAUUCAGAAUUAUCUAAAAAAGAGUUAAUAUAAUUAGAAAAUGGGAAAAUUUAAUCAUAGCUAAAAUUUUUAAGCUUAACGGGGAAAAGGAUUUCGCUUUUAAGAUUAAGAGUAAACAAAUGGAAUCAAUAUAUCUUAGAAAAAUAAUGAAUUAAAUAUACUAAGCAAAUAGUCAUCUUAAAAGGAGCAGUUUUAAAAAACUCGUGAUAAAAAAAAUCAGCUGACUCUUGAUAAAAAGUUAAAGAAAUUAGAAGUAUUAUAAGAAUAAUAGAUGAUAUUAAAUUAAUUCUAAUAGCAAUAAAUGGAAAAGUUGAAAUUAAUCUAUUAACAACUUAAUCAUAUUUAAGCUUAAAAGCUAAGCAAAAGUACUGAAAUAAAUUUUGAAAUAUAGUAAAAUAGCACUACUAUAAAUACUGCUGCUCCUACCGAUAGCGAUGACUAACAAAAUUAUCAGAAUUCUACUAAGCAAGAGGGAGAAUAGAUUCAAAAUAGCAGCUCACUUCUUGAUUAAACCAAUGAAAAAAAUCAAGACUAGAUUAAUGAUUAACAAGAAUAGAAGUCAGAUGAAGAAGAAGCUAAAAAUGAAAAUAAAGAUAAAGCAGCUGCUGAAGAAAUAAGACAAAGUGAUUUAGGGUAGAAAUAAAGCGAAUAAGAAUAAUCUUUUUAACAAGAUGAAUAAAAUAAUUUAGACAAAUAAAGAAAAUUUGUUUAAGCUAAUUUAAUGUAAAAAAAUGCUAAAGAAAGUGAUUAUGAUUACUUAUUUUUUAUUGAUUAUGAAUGCAAUUAAUCUUAUCUUGGAUCUGAAAUAAUUGAGUUUCCUAUUUAAGUUGUAGAUGUGAAAUAGUUAAAAAUUAUCGAUACUUUUUCUUCAUAUGUGCAACCCUGUUCUAAAAUUACUAAAUUAAUUACAAAUCUGACUAAGAUUGAUGAUAAUAAAGUUUAAAAUGCUCCUAAAAUAUAGUAAGUUCUUCAGUAAGUUCGAAUAUUUUUGGAAAAAUAUUUGAAAAAUAAUUUUGAUAGAUGUGCUGUUGUUUAUGAUAACAAAUCAGAUUUUUUGUUUAUUGUUGAAGAAUCUAUCAAAAAGAAUUUUUUACUUCCUGCUUUUCUAUAACAAUACAUUGAUCUUGGCACAUGCUUUCCAAUUAGAAACGAAUAAAAUAUAAAUGAGUAGAGAAUUUCUCUUAAGGGUAUGCUUGAUACUUUAGGUAUGAAAUUUUAAGGCUAAAAGCAUUGUGGUGCUGAUGACUGUAAAAAUCAAGCAUUAGUAGCUAUUGAAUUACUAAAGAGAGGAUAUAGCUUUACAAAAGAUUUGUAAGUAAAUGAUCUAGAAUAAGUUAUCACAAACUAUUUCAAGAGAACUGAAAAGCAAUUUGCUAAAAAACUAUCAAAGUUAAAAAAUAAAAUUUAGACGACCUAUAAAAAGGAAUGA